UGUGAGCCGAUUUAUAUCAAUUUAUAUUCACUGUUUUGAGUAUUGUUUUGUGUACAAAAAUGACUUCCUUGUUCAGGACGGGCUUUCUCCUAGCAAAGAAUUCAAUAAUAGCGUCGUCUGUCCGUUCUUUGUCGAUUACAAAACCACUGAAUUUGAAAGAGAUAAGAGAACAGCAGAAGGGCCAAUCGAUAGUUAUAGAAGGCGUGAUCGUGCCAUCACCUAGAACAGAGUUGCUGGUUCGCAACGACAGUGUCACAUCAGAGGAUGGCAAGCAGCCCUGCUAUAUGUGUUCCCUGGGCCUGGAUGUGAAGCACACGGACGUGCUGAUCCUCAGCCAGUUCGUGCGCAGCGACGGCUGCAUGCUCCCGCGCCGCAUCACCGGUCUUUGUAGUAGACAACAGAAGAAGAUCGGCAAGAUGGUCACUAUGGCUCAGAAAGCAGGUUUGAUGAUCAACCUGACGCCAGGCAACUGCAAAAAGGAUCCUAAAAAGAGGUUUGCCUACAAAAAGUUUAAUACCUACUUCGAUGAGUCCACCAUCUUUGUGAAGCGACUUCCCAAACAAGAAGACAGGUUCAGGCGCAGUGGAUCUAUGUAUUUUAAUUAAACCUGUGUAUGAUAGAUUUGUAAAUAAUAAACUUUAGUGAAUAAUUA